AUGACAUUUCCACAAAAUGGCUCCUUGUUUCGGAGGACACAGCGUCACGCCACGUACGUCAACUUCCCGCGCCCGGAUGAUUGCUCGUAUCUCCACAGACUGCCAAUCGACGAGCAGUGUGAGUUUGUGCAGAUGACGGAAGCUUGUGCGGAGAGUGAGUUCUAUUUCAACUACGUCGGAUUCCUGUACUGCACGAUUGGAUCCGACCGAGAGCAUCUCUUCUACUUGGGAUUUGUAUCGCUGCUGUGUAUUUGUGUUUACUACUUCGUUGUGUUGGGUACAACGGCUGACAAGUUCUUUUGUCCAACGCUAGCCGCUAUUGCGAAAUCGUUAAACAUCAGCGAAGCACUGGCUGGUGUUACGAUUCUCGCGUUUGGCAAUGGAUCCCCGGAUCUGUUUACGGCUGUCGCCAAUCCAGAUGCGGACACAGAGCUGAUGUUUUCGGAACUGCUCGGAUCGGCUGCGUUUGUGAUUGGAGUAAUCGGGGGUGCCGUGCUGAUAAUACAACCCUUUGACUUUCCGCCUUGGGGUAUCUCAAGAGAUCUGGCAUUCUUUAUUGCUGCCGUCGUGUGGAUAACGCUGAAAGCAGCUGACGAACGAUUCAGCGUGUACGAUAGUGCCGUUUUGAUUGGAAUGUAUCUGCUCUUUCUAAUUCUCGUUAUAUGGGAGUUUAUUCGGGGCAGGCAGCAAGAGAGCAGGACAAAUUCAAUAAGUAAGAGUUCAAGAGCUUUUGUCUGUAGCGCCACCUACAGCAUUUUGGACGCAUUUAAUGAUCUUAACAACCUCCUUGUAGAUGGUGCAUCUCCAACACCCACAGUGAACUCGGGAAGAAGUGUUCAGCAGGAAACAAAUAGUUCAGCAAAUCAAGGACUGGUAAACGAUUUUUGCAAUCACAUGAACCCUCUUGAUCCAGAAGAAUGGAACGAUGGUGGAUGGGCGAUGCGGACCUUUUGUUUGCUGAAGGCUCCAUUUGUUUUACUACUUUUGUUAACAAUUCCAAUAGUGGAUGCGGAUGUUCACCGAGAAGGAUGGUGUAAACUGCUAAAUAUCUGUCACUGUUUGACACUACCGCUACUGAUAGUGUUCGUAAAUGGAGUCGCGUUCGUAAGAAUAGCGAAACUGUACGUCUUUAUUUGGAUUAUCGCGAUCGUCUUACCUGUGAUGAUUGUCAUAUUUUACACAUCCCGAAUCGAUCAAUGUCCACGAUAUCACAAACUAUUUACGCUGUUGAGCUUUUUCGGCUGCAUUCAAGUGAUCUACGUUGUUGCACAGGAAGUCGUGAGUGUGCUCGAAACGGUUGGGAUAGUUCUGAAGCUGUCCAAAUCUGUACUGGGCCUCUCACUGCUUGCCUGGGGUAAUAGUGUUGGCGACUUUUUCUCGAAUGUAGCUCUAGCACGACAAGGCUACGGAAAGAUGGCAUUCGCAGCGUGCUUCGGUGGUCCAUUGCUGAAUCUCUGCUUGGGAUUAGGUCUCACUCUCAUGACGAAAUCAUUUGAAGUUCACGAUCUCAUAGCAGAAGUUCGCAAAGGAGUGAUGGGAGAAAACUGCGAACUGUAUCUCUUUCAGAUCCUCACCACAACCUGGCUCUGCUUACUGUUUACCAACUUUCAAGGCCGUAGAAGCGUGGGUCUCGCAAUGAUCGUAACCUACCUGAUGUUUUUGGCAUUUUCAUUUUUAGGUGAGUUUGAGCUUAUCCACCCGUACGGCACUGACCAUCAUCCCGAUCCAAAUGGGCACUAA